AUGUCUGAAACAUUCACCCUGAAAGACGUCAAGGGCAAGUCUACAGAGACUUCGGGCUACAUCGUCAUCGACGAAAAAGUGUACGAAAUCACAGACUACAUGUCCAAGCACCCAGGAGGCGAUGAUAUCUUGACAGAAGUUUUGGGCACAGAUGCUUCGGAAGCAUUCCAUGAGGUCGGCCACAGCGCUGACGCGAUCGAGCAGUUGAAACCAUUGCUCAAAGGAAUUCUUGACCCUACUUCUUCAAAGGAAGGAAAGGGUUCAUUGUUUUCACCAAGGUCAAUUCCAGUCCUCGGGGUGCUUAUUUCCAUUAUUCUAGCUCUAGUUGCCAUCAUCGCACGCUCUUACAUUGUGACAGUCAGUUAA